AAGUAGUUAUUUAAAUAUACUUAAUACUAACAUGUUAGUAACAAUCGAAUUUUGAAAUUCAUUUUUUUAGAAGUAUUUUUAUUCGUUACUUUACCUUCCGUAAAACAAGUUGAGUUUGAAGGAGCCAAGUUAUACUGCAACCACGUGAUUACAAGAAGACUCAGAAGCACAUUGCCGACGAAUCAAAACGGCAUCUAAUACACAACUACUUAACCGCUACACAGUUUUUUCAAGCAUUAUGUUAAAGAAAUUCAUCAUCCUCAUAUACCUGGCCCUCAGCAGAGGAUCGGCGGAGUUCGAUCAGUUUGCCGGCUUUGACUUCGCAGCACCCUCCGUGGAACAAAACUCACAAUUUGAUCUAACACCCAGUACAACUACUGACCUCAGUGACACUAUUAUCGAAAAUUCCUUUCCAACCAGUGAUAAUACUGUCGAAAUUUUCCCACCACAUUAUCCCGCUGUCAUAAAUGCCCUAUCAAGUGAUACCAUUGUCGGAGACUUUUUGCUAACCAAUGACACUGCUAUAGAAAUGUUCCCUAUAAGUGAUUCUAAUGUCACAAAUUCCCCAUCAAGUGAUACUGCUGUCGGAGAUUCCUACCUCAGUAACGACACUACUGUCGAAAUUUUCCCGCCAAAUGAUUCCAAUGUCAAAAAUUCCCGAGCAAGUGAUACCAUUGUCGGAGAUUCCUUUUCAAGUAAUGACACUGCUGUCGAAAUUAUACCAUCAAGCGAUUCCACUAUCAUUAAUGGCCCAUUAAGUGACACCAUUGUCGAAAAUUCCUUUCAAAUUAAUGACACUGCUGUUGAAAUUUUUCCAUUAAAUAAUUCCACAAUCAAAAAUACCUCAUUAAAUAAUACCAAUGUCGUAUAUGCAUAUCCAACAAGUGAAACUGCUGUCGAAAAUUCCUUUCCAAUUAAUAACACUGAUGUUGAAAUUUUUCCACUAAGUAAUCCCACUAUCAAAAAUACCCCAUCAAGUGAUACCAUUGUGGAAAAUGUCUAUCCAACAAGUGAGACUGCUGUCGAAAAUUCGCUAGCAACUGAUCUCACUGACAAAAAUGCCCACUCAAUUGAUACCAUUGUCGAAAAUUCCCCACCUACAAGUUACACCACUGUAGAAGAUUCUCCUUCCACGCAUGAUACCAUGCAGAAUACUACUAGUAAAACUACAGUUUUUAUUGAUAACAAUGAAUGGGGCAAUGCACCAGCGGAUUUGGAACCUCUUAUCAACAAUUACCCGUGCAGCAAAAAGGAUUGUCCAAACAAUUAUAAAACAACGUACAAACCCCUUGAUCUCGGGUUUAUACUAACCCGUAUACCCCGCGCAGACACGCGCCCAUUGAACGAUGUUCAACAACCUGACUGCCCUGUGGAGCCUACAAUCCACAUCGGAUCUUUCGUGGUACCAUCGAAACAAGAUAUAACAAAAACCAUGAGGAAGUUACUUCAGAACACGUUUUCUAAUUAUAGAAAUAAAACAAUUUCCUUUCUUGAAGAUAUUGAUAAGGCUAGAAAAACAAUGAUAGAUGAAGAGAAAAGUUGUUUCAACAAAACGGAGUAUCAUGAGUGCGUGGAGCAUGUCAGCAGUGGAACGAAAAUGAUAACUUCUAGCCUUCUACAUUCGAUGGAUAAUACGAUGAAAAACAUCGAAUUUCUCUACGAGAGCUUAAAAUGCAACCUAUCCGACCCCGCAACCGUAGAUGAUCCAAUAAAGCUGAUCAAAUUAAUAGCCUCUGAGACGGCUACAAUCGACUUCGCCAUGCCAGGAUAUUUACGACUAUUAUACACUUGCUUCAGGUUUUGUGAGAGGCGUUCAGAGGACAUAACUUCAAUCGGCAUGCAUAGUCAUCCAGAGAAUUUUAAAAAACUAAUUCAGCCGCAGCCUCAAGCUACUAGUCGACUCGAUUCAAAUCCUAAAGAUUCUAGACAUUUUUCAUUGCAUUUGUCAUCGCGCCCUCAUUACAAGAAACUUCGUCGAAUGAUCACUUUGAAAGUAAAACCGUCAGGAGGAUUCAAAUAUUUGAAUGUUGACCGCAUUUCUUAUAUUAAAAACAUUGACUUACAAAUAAAUGGACGACGGGUCUAAUACAAAAACCACGAAAAAAAUGUCCCAAGUCAACCUAUUCGAAAUUUAAAUUGUAAUGUCAUCGCAGUAUCG